AUGAUCCGAGCAUUAACAUCCAGACGGUGGUCGUUGAGAAGAGAGAGCGAGAGUGCAAGUCGUACAUGCGCGACGGUGGGUGCGUCCGAGUCAGAGGCGUCGCCCUCUGUUGAUCUUCCUAGGACCAGAGACGGCGAGAUUGACUAUGAUGCUCUUUACGAAGAUGACUCGGACAGCGAUCUGGGCUCCAUGGAGAACCAUGGCUCCGUGGUCACACAUCUCCUCUCACAAGUCAAAAUUGGCAUGGAUCUCACAAAGGUUGUUCUUCCCACAUUUAUUCUGGAGAGGCGAUCGCUACUCGAAAUGUACGCGGAUUCGUUCGCCCAUCCUGACCAAUUCGUUAAGAUAGUGGAUAUGCCGACACCCAGGGAACGCAUGGUACAAGUGGUACGGUGGUACCUAAGCUCGUACCAUGCGGGGCGAAAAUCACAAGUCGCCAAGAAACCAUACAAUCCCAUACUUGGAGAGGUGUUCAGGUGUCAUUGGGAUCUCGAUGGGGUUGAGCCAUCUAAUAAUGGAGACAAGGUAGAAGUAGGCGACGGUCCUGUUCCCUGGUGUUCGCCGGAACAAUUAUCCUUCGUAGCUGAACAAGUCUCCCAUCAUCCCCCUAUCUCAGCCUUUUAUGCGGAACACGUCAACAAACGCAUCCAAUUCGAGGCCUCGGUUUGGACGAAGAGCAAGUUUCUGGGUCUCUCUAUCGGUGUCCAUAAUAUCGGCAAGGGAUUGGUUACCCUGCUGGAUUUGGAGGAAGAGUAUACCCUAACAUUUCCCAAUGGUUAUGGCAGGUCAAUAUUAACAAUCCCCUGGAUAGAACUAGGCGGUUCCGUAGUAAUAGAAUGCGCGCAAACUGGUCACAAGGCGAACGUGGAGUUUCUUACAAAACCCUUCUAUGGAGGCAAGAAACAUAGAGUCACGUGUGAAGUGUUCGCUGGUACUGAGAAGAAACCGUAUUAUACUGCACAAGGAGAAUGGAAUUCAAGGAUGGAUGGACGGUGGACUGAGUCUGGGCGUAACGAAGUAGUGUUCGAUGUGUCGACGAUGAAGACGUGUCGCAAGCGAGUCGCGCCGAUCAGUCGCCAGUCGCCGCACGAGUCGCGUCGCGUUUGGAGGUACGUCACGGCCGCCUUGAGGGCCGCGGAUACGGAUGCCGCGACUGCAGCUAAGAGACUGUUGGAGCAGACGCAGAGAGAUGCCGCUAAGAAGCGUGCUGAUAGCGACGAGGCCUGGGUCACACAGUUGUUCAGUCCAAAACCGGACGAUGGCUGGGAAUAUAAUAUGCCGUUAAAAAAACGUAUCGAAGGGAAAUCAUCUCCACAACUCAGUCCCACGCAACGAGAUAACGCUGAUACAAGAUAA